AUGCCGCCCAAGCCUCCGGCGAAACCACCACCCCCGCCUCAGGAUGGAGAAGGAUCGGCAAACUUACAAAGAUUUGACCGACGGCCAUCCAUGGGAGGUAGCUUCGCAGCAGCAAUGCAGCGGAUGAGGCAAGGAAAGAGCGGCUCAAUGAACCGGUCGGAGCGAUCCAUGUCCAGUCCGUCCAGGGGCGACAGCACACCGAGGAAGCCAACCAUGGUUGUGUCCGACUUCAUUCGCAUGGCGCAGCCGACAGUCACCAGCGAAGAGAACACUUUCCAGCAUAAGAUGAAGGACAAGAUCCGAAAAAUCGUGACGGGGCGAAUUGUGUCGAACUUCAUGGCGGGUGUUGUGCUCUUCGAUGCGUUUUGCACCUGCUCCGACGUAGAUGCUCGAGCUGCUGGGCUGGAGACUCCACGGUGGAUGCUAAUAGUAUCAGAUUUUUGCUUAGCGUUGUACACCCUUGAGCUGGGACUCCUUCUGUAUGUUUCAGGAAGGAAGCUUCUGCGUGACUGGAUGGUCAUACUGGACAUUGUGAUCAUCUUCUGCGGCUAUGCCGAGUUGCUUCUGAAUCUCUUCGCCCCUGGUGAUCUCAUUGCGAGCUUUAGCAUGCUUCGAGUCCUGCGCUUGGCACGAAUUAUUCGCCUGAUGCGCCUGCUUCGGAGGACUCGCGCCUUGCGCGAGCUUCAGAAGCUCGUGACCAUGAUGGCGACGUGCUUGAAGGCCCUUGGCUGGUCGUUCAUCUUCUGCUUUGUGAUCAUGACCAUCUGGGCCAUGCUUUUGGUGGAAAUAGUCCACCCCAUCAUGAAGGAAAUGCGCCUCGCCGAGGUGGCCUUCCAGGAUUGCGAUACGUGCCUGAAAGCGACUUCUUCCGUCAUGGACUCGAAUCUGCUCCUCUUUCAGACGGUCAUCGCAGGUGACAGUUGGGGCGACAUAGCUGUGCCCGUGAUCGAGUUCUCUCCGGGAACGGCAAUUAUCUUCGUAGGAUCUUUGUUGACGCUGGUCUUCGGCGUUCUGAACUUAAUUGUAGCCGUUGUCGUGGACACCUUCGCAGAAGUCCGACAGCGAGAUGUCUUGAAUCUAGCGGAAGAGAUGGAGCAUGAGAUCGAAAGUGACAAGAAGUUCUUGCAAAAGAUCUUCGAGCGAAUCGACACGGAUGGAAGUGGACGUGUCACUCUGGAGGAACUUGUGGAGGGCGCGCGGAAGGACCCCCAGUUCCAGAGCAGGCUCCGAGUCAUGGACAUCGACGAGGCAGACUUGCAACAGUUGUUCGAGAUGAUAGACAUCCACUCUGAAGGAGAGAUUGAUGCUGCUGAAUUCAUCGCUCCGCUCAGCCGUUGGGUACACGAGUCAACGACGGCGCCGCGAUUCAUCAAGUACAACAUGUUGCGGACAAUUCAGAUGCAGGAGGAGCUGCAAGAGGCUACGCUGACUCAGUUCGACAACUUGGGAUACAGGAUUGACCAGAUCGCAAAUGUGUUGCACCAUUUCGGGAAAGAGUACGCACCGAGGGAGCAAGCGGGGCCAGCUUCAUCAUCAUUGAAGCCGCAGCCAACCGCACAACCAAGGACCCUCGGAAAAGACCCAUUUCCAGCAGAUGAGCCCGCAGUCGAUCCGGAAGUGGAUGUUCCUCGCUACCCCACCAAAGACUCGCGAUCGAUGACGCAGGAGAGCUGGCAGAUGGGUGAGGCAUCCUCGUUUGGACCUCAGACGGCUCUCUCCCCGGCUAUCCACGUGGCGAUGCAGGAGUUGGAAAGCAUCGUCCUCAGUGCAACGGAAAGCGCGUUGCGGAAAUCCCUGGUUGCCGUGGAGAGCGCCGUCAAGGACUGUUGGCUGGAAGCUUACCGCCCUGAGACAGACAAAAGCGCACGGGGAGAGAGGACCUCGAUAGCUAUGCGCAGUGUCAGCUCCACUGCAAGCGCCAAGCACAAAUACUCACGAGGGUUCUCUGCAGAGUCUAUGGUCAAGAGCAUGAGCUCCACCAAGAGUACGACCCGGGCCCGUGCACCAAUCGGUGGCUUCGCUGCGCCUUCCUCCGGCCCUCCGAUGCAGCGGAUCUAUUCGGAGAAAGCGGAGGAGCGAGUCCACAAGCACUACAGCCUGCAAUUCACUUCCGAGGCUGACGAAAGAUAUUACGAGCCUUCCGACUUGGGAGAUGCAUCGCGUCAGCUAAAUGCCUUCACCUCAGAGGAGGAAUCCCCGAAGAAGGAGCCGGCUCCGCGUCCGUCCAUGGCGAAGCCAUGUGGCGAUCUGGAGAUCUGA